AUGCUAGCCCCGGCGAGUGUCACUCUCUGCUUGCACACCUGGGUAGCGUCCACCGCUCGCCUCUCCAGGUCGUCCGCCGUUGCCACGGCGACGGCAAGCUCCGUCGGCCUGCAGUUCUCCGACGCUGGAAGCUGGCCCGCGACUUCGCAGACGCCAUUCGUGGUGCUGCACGGGCUGCUCGGCGCCGGCAGCAACUUCCAGACCUGGGCGGCGCGCCUCGGUGACGACUGCGCCGCCAAGGGCGCUGCGCGGCGCGUGCUGCUCGUAGACCUGCGCAACCACGGCUCGAGCGACAAGGCGGCGACGAUGUCGUUCGUCGAGAUGGCGGCGGACGUGCGGCGGCUGCUCGACGAGCAGGGCAUCCCGAAGGCCAUCCUCUGCGGUCACUCGCUCGGCGGGAAGGUUGCGAUGGCGCUCGCGCUGCAGUCGCCGGAGCGCGUCGAGCGGCUGGUCGUGCUCGACAUGGCGCCGGUGACGUACGAGACGGGCGAGAGUUGA